CAACCCAUACACAUGCUAGCUCACGGUGCUGAAGAAGAAAUGAGACCACUGCAGGGCGCAAAGUGCUCACAUUCCGCUAACUUCUCUGACCUAUUUCUCUGUAAUUUUAGUUGUCCUGUCUUCACCAGUAACUCCCAAGUUUCAUUAUUUAAUCAUCUUUGCCUGCUCUUAGUCCAAUGAGAGGCACCAACCAGUCGAGCGUCUCCCAGUUCCUCCUCCUGGGACUCUCCAGGCAGCCCCAGCAGCAGCAGGUCCUCUUCCUGCUCUUCCUCAUCAUGUACCUGGCCACUGUCCUGGGAAACCUGCUCAUCAUCCUGGCCAUCGGCACAGACUCCCGCCUGCACACCCCCAUGUACUUCUUCCUCAGCAACCUGUCCUUUGUGGAUGUCUGCUUCUCCUCCACCACUGUCCCCAAGGUGCUGGCCAACCAUAUACUCGGGAGUCAGGCCAUAUCCUUCUCUGGAUGUCUCACACAGAUGUAUUUCCUUUUCAUGUUUGUGGAUAUGGACAAUUUCCUGCUGGCUGUGAUGGCCUAUGACCGGUAUGUGGCCAUAUGUCACCCUUUACACUACACAACAAAGAUGACCCAUCAACUCUGUGUCCUGAUGGUGGUUGGAUCAUGGGUGGUAGCCAAUCUGAAUGUCCUAUUACACACCCUGCUCAUGGCUAGACUCUCAUUCUGUGCAGACAACACCAUCCCCCACUUCUUCUGUGAUAUCACUCCCCUCCUGAAACUCUCCUGCUCAGACACACACCUCAAUGAGCUGAUGAUUCUUACGGAGGGAGCUGUGAUCAUGGUCACCCCAUUUGUCUGCAUCCUGGUCUCCUACACCCGAAUCACCUCUGCUGUCCUGAGAGUCUCAUCCCCAAGGGGCAGAUGGAAAGCCUUCUCCACCUGCAGCUCCCACCUGGCUGUGGUCGGCCUCUUCUAUGGCACCAUCAUCGCUGUGUAUUUCAACCCCUUAUCUGCACACUCAUCUGAGAGUGACACGGCAGCCACCGUGCUGUACACAGUGGUGACCCCCAUGCUGAACCCUUUCAUCUACAGCCUGAGGAACAGGGACCUGCAAGGGGCUCUGCGCAAAGUGGUCCAGAGAAGGACUUCUGUUUAAUGAGACUGAUCCUCGUUCCCUAUCAUGUUUCCGAGUUGAGCACAAUUCAGCAACUGGACUGUGUUAGGCUCAGUCAAAAACAAUUGUUUCUUGCUUGUUUCA